UCUCUCGUUCCAGAACAGUUUAAUUAAGGGCGUGUUUCCUGCUAGCCCCUCCUCCUGGCUGUUUGUUGCCAUAGCGAUCUUGGCCACCAUGUACAUGCGCUCAGAUCCAAGCAUGGGUCUGAUCAGCAAAAUACAGCAGCACCUGCCGCUCAGUGUGCAUGUGUCCCUCAGUCCUCAGGGUCAGUCUCUGCUGUGUGCUCUCCUCUUCAGUACUCUGCUCUGGCUCUCACUCAUUCUCACCCUGAGGUUCAGUCUGAAGCUGCUGCUGUCCUACCACCGCUGGAUGUUCGAGACGCACACACACAUGUCACACACCACCAGGGUCUGGGGGACUCUGCUCAGGCUGUUGUCCAGUGGGAAACCUCUGCUCUACAGUUACCAGACGUCACUGCCACACCUGCCUGUACCUGCAAUUAAAGACACACUGAGCAGGUACUUACAGUCAGUGCGCCCCCUUCUGUCUGAUCUGGAGUACCACAGGAUGACUGAACUGGCCUCUGAGUUUGAGUCCAGUCUGGGAAACCGACUCCAGCGGUACCUCAAACUGAAGGCACUGUGGGCCACCAACUAUGUCAGUGACUGGUGGGAGGAGUUUAUCUACCUGAGGAGCAGAGGACCCAUUAUGGUCAACAGCAACUACUACGGCAUGGACUUUCUGUACGUGACUCCGACCUCCGUCCAAGCAGCCAGAGCAGGAAACACCAUCACCGCUCUGCUGUUGUACCGACGCAAGGUCAACAGAGAGGAGCUGAAACCAAGUCGUGUUCCAGGUACAGUCAUUCCUCUGUGUGCAGCACAGUGUGAGAGGAUGUUCAACACAACACGCACACCUGGAAUAGAGACAGAUGUCCUCCAGCAUUGGCAGGACAGUGAGUUUGUGGGCGUGUACCAUAAGGGGCGGUACUUCCGUCUGUGGGUGUACCACGCCGGACGGCUGCUGACGCCACGGGAGAUGGAGUUCCAGGUGCAGAGGAUCCUGGACGACCGCUCAGAACCACAGCCUGGAGAGGACCGACUGGGAGCGCUGACCGCAGGGGACAGGUACGACGGGGGGGCCGGGGACAAACUCCCAUCAUGCACCUGGGACAGCCACAACAGCAUUCAGACAGACGUACAUUAGUGACCUUGUAACUAA